AUGGAGCCCACCACGCAGCGGUGCCACACAGCACUUUGUCUCUCUGUCUACGUCAUUACCUUUGUGCUGGGCUUCCCGGCCAAUGUAUUGGCUUUCUACACUUUUUGUAAGAAAGUAAGGCAGAAACCCACCCCGAUUGACAUCCUGCUCCUUAACCUGACCAUUUCCGACCUCCUCUUCCUCCUCUUCCUGCCCUUCAAGAUGCAGGAAGCAAUGAACGACAUGAUGUGGGACAUGCCCUACGCCCUCUGUCCGCUGUCUGGCUUUAUCUUCUACAUGACCAUCUACAACAGCACCUUUUUCCUCACUGCUGUCAGUGUAGAGCGCUACUUGGGUGUGGCUUUCCCCAUUCGGCACACUCUGAAGCGGCGACCUGUGUAUGCUGUAGCUGCCAGCAUUUUCUUCUGGAUUUUCUCCACCGCCCAACUUAGUAUCGUGUUUAUCGUGCCCUUUAUUGGCCACAAGAAGUCUGCAGUCCCCCCUGAAAGCCUCAAUGCCUCAGCUCACCCUAGCAGCGAUAGCAGAAAACUAUGCUAUGAGAACUUCACCGAGUCUCAGCUGAACGUCCUUCUGCCUGUGCGCCUGGAGCUUUGUGUGGUGCUUUUCUGCAUCCCUUUCCUGAUUUCUAGUUUUUGCUACAUCAACUUCAUCAGAAUUCUCUCAAAGCUGCAACACAUUGACCGGCGCCGGCGCAUCCGAGCCAUGGGCAUGGCUUUGGGAACCCUGGUGGUGUUUGCUCUAUGUUUUGGACCCUACAACGUCUCACACAUCAUUGGUUUUAUAAACUGGAAAAGUCCGGCAUGGAGAGACAAGGCCCUGCUGUGCAGCACCUUCAAUGCCUGUCUAGACCCUCUUAUUUUCUACUUUUCUUCCUCUGCUGUGAGAGGGACUGUGGGUAGUGUGAUGGAAGGGGUUAAAAGCCGUCUCCAGGGGUGCAUGUCUUGUCACCUGCUCCAGGCCUUGUGCGGGGGAAUUACCAAGACUGCACAAGAUAAGGAACACACGCAAGAGGAGAUCAAUGCUAUCUGAGCUGACAGAAAGGGACCUGUAAGCGGCUGCCUUUACUGUUGUCUUAUUUCUUUAUCCCUGGG